UACCUUCACCUCCAGUCGAUCGAGGACCUGCCUUCGAAGGGACACCGGGAGAAUGUCUCCUACGACCCCGUCGUUCUCUCUUGCCUUCUUCCCGACUGCAAACAUGUCCAGAAGUCCAAGUCCGCCAAGGCCUCACUCAACCCCGUCUUCGACGACACCGUCGUUUUCCCGCUCGACCGCACCAAGAGCGCGGAGAACGUGGCCGUCCGGAUCUCGGUCUACGAGUCGGACGACCUGUGCACCAAUGGCGCCUGCACCACUAGUGCCAUCGGCCACGUGCUCCUACCCGUGGUCGACUGCCUAACGCCUACAGACCACCCUCGAGAGUUUCGUCGAAGGGUCGGCAGGCGAUCAAUGAUCACCGGUAACCUAGGUCGUCUGUUGGUAUCCCUAGCCUAUCUACCUUCUCUAGAGCGACUCUCCUGUGUUAUCCUUAGGGCAAAAGACAUCAAAUGUGAGAAGGGCACCAACGUGUCUUCCCUAGAAACCUAUGUAAAAGUGACCCUAAUGUGCGGCGUGGAUAAGGUCAAAUCCCGGAAGACGGCCAUCAUACGCGGCACUGACAGCCCCGUUUACACAGAAUCCCUUUGCUUCGUCGUUCCAAUGUCCUACAUCGACGAAACCUCAUUGGUCAUCCAACUUACCCAGCAUGCUCAGCUAAAGAAGGAUCGAAUUCUUGGGCAGGUGAUACUGGGACCGUACAUCUACACGCAGGGUAGUGCCAUCAGUCACUGGGGGAAGAUGCUGGCGAGACGAGAGGCGGCUAAACAGUGGCAUAAUCUAUAUAUCUAGGAUCAGGCGUCCUCUACGUCAUUAUCUAUAGUUGCUGUAAUGCUCAGUCGCACCAACGAAAUCGAUUCCAAACCGAGCUAUAGUAUGGCAUUCGGAAUAACGUAAUACCGUUGAUUGGUCUGGAGUUGGUUUUGUUGGUGGGAUUGUAGCAAGAAAGUAUUGCAUCGCUUUGAACCUUGCGGACAUGACUGCUGGCUUGUCUUGACAAUACGAGCAGCUACCUUGUUUGUAACGCUUAUCUGACUGGUUUGUGAGUUCAGAGCUGACCUGCUUCCCGUUUAGUCUUAUCCGCCUGUUUCGCGAUGACACGCUGCCUUUAACUCUUAGGCUUUUGUAUUAUUUCAUUACAUAGUUAAAGCCACUCUCCUUGAUCUGUCUAUAGUCGUAUGAUAUCCAAAUCAUUUAUAAUCAAUACGUUCAGUAGAAGGUUCUAAACAUCUACGAGAACAUCUACGAGUGUCCAAAAGGCCGCUCAAUUUGGAUGGAAUCUAGUAUCUACUUCUUCGGCUGCUUUGAUAUUAGCGAUACUAGUGUAGAGGUUUUGUUUCCAGUACAUUGUCAUCAAACUCUAAUCAUAUUGAUUGCUGUUCUUUAUUCAGUACUGUCCAUGCCUAACUUUUCACAAAUCAGGUUAUUAUAACAAAACCCGGAUCUCUGGUAAAAUAUUUAACUGAAAUAUUGGCAGUACUAUCAUGACUAUAAAGCCUAUACAAAAAUGUAACAUUUUCAGACUCAUCAUUCGCUUUGUGAUAUUAUCUUGCAAUUUAUCUAUAUUUUAAAUACAAUUAUUGUAUCGAUAAUUAAUAGGCCAUCAUCUUGUUAGGAGUGUGUUAGAUGAUGACCAUGUCCAUUAUAACACUGAUCAUCUUUGUUGUACAGUCAUUAGCAGUGAGGGCAUCAGAACAGAUGAAAAAAAUACAGGGGAGCCAGGAACAAAAGUGUCAAAGCAACUAUUGUCCGUGAUAUUUAUUUCCACUGUCAAAACAAGCUAAUCGCUAAUCAGUGGAACUUAUGCCGCAGUCAGUCACUAGUCGACUCUAGAUGGACCAAAAUGAAGUUGUAUCCAAUGUUAGACCAUUGGUAGGUUUAGAGUCGUUUUCAAUGGUGGAACUUUAUCAUGUAGCCCGCCAAUAAUAUUUAUGUUAUAUAAAUCCCUGUGAUGUGAUUCUCGUCAAGAUAUAAAAUCGUGAAACCAUCACUGACCUGUAUAUUAGUACAUUGCAUAAAAAUCAGUGGAAACCGUAGCGUAGGUGGACUGAUACGAAAGAGAUCGCUGAUGGCGCUAUAAAUGUUGAAAUAUCGGCGGAAAUUGAGUUCAAUGGAAAAUGAUUACGAAAAAAGAAACGGAUUGAAAUGAUCGAUUUUAAUGAUAUUAUACUGUACGUAUUACUUAGGUAAAUUCGACAUGAUUUUGGAAGGUGUUCUCGUAUGUGUGUUCUUUUUAGUAGCCGCCAUCUUGCAGUUAUAACUAGAAAAUGAAUUAGAAAAAAAAAAAUCUUAUAAUGUGCCAACGAAGAAUCUUCUUGCAAAUUUUGUAUAUAUGAUUUCCAUGUAUAUAACAUAUAAGAUUAUAAAAUGAACUUUUGUAUAUUGCUGUCAUUUCCAGCUUAAAAUCAUGUAAAUAUAUACAUAUUACAUAAAUGUAUAUAAUCACUAUCGUUCCAACAUAACGGGCUGCAUUCAUGGAUCAUAUUAUUUAAAAGUAGUAUAGAAAAUUGAGUGAAAAGGGAUUUUAAACACGUUGAAAUAAAAUGCCAGGCCUUAAUAUAAUAUGUCUUUAUUAACAAUCAAUAUUUAAUAUAUCAAUAUAAUUGUAUACGGAAGGUUUGUAAUAUGGUUUAGUGAUGUAGCGUUUUCUGCAUUUUAAAGGUUCGUUCAAUUGUAAAACACUUUCCUGUGGCGGCGCUAGCCGUGAGUUUUUAUGAACUGGAGAAGGAAUAAGGUACCCACUACGUGUGUGCAACGUCUGAACAUACUAACCGGAAACAUUUAUAUUGUUUAUUAUCAGUUUAUUCCUCAUAGAGCGAUAAACAUAGAUUAAUGAUAAAGGCUGCUGAUUAUCUCAUUUUUUAAGCCUAUAAAAUAUUAUCACAUCUUGAUCUUGAGUGUAAACACUUAUCCAUAAUUAUCAUUUUAUUAUUUAAUAUUAUUACUGUUGUUGUUGUUGUUAUUAUUAUCAUUCUCGUUAUCAUUAUUAUUAUUGUUAUUAUAAUUAUUAUUAUUAUUAUUAUUGUAGAUAGAAAUUGAUUAGACUUGAACUUCUAUUCCAUUCCAUCAUGUCCAAUUUAAGUUCCAUUAUUCUGCUGCCGACUGGAUCCAAGUGCUCCUCGGGCAAAACAUAUCACAAGUAAAUAAUUCAGCUAUCAAUAUGUUAAAUGUUGUAGUAUUAGCAUGGAAGCUCCAAACACGCAGGCCUCGUGAUUUUCUGUGCACCGGGAAACCAUUGUCAUCAGAUUCAUCGGCCGUAGGCAUUCAAUAUAAACAGUGCUUUGUUAAACUGUUACCAAACCAUUGCCCGGCUCUACUCAUACAUUCCCAUCACCAGAAUCAUUGAUAAAGAGUGUUUGGCCUUUCGAAUUGGGCUCGCCUAAAGCUAGGGUAACACCAGCAUCGAAUUCUACCGACUAAUUUUGGGCCGAAUACAUGCCUAAUGUGGCCCGAAAUAAAAUUUUCGUGGCCACAUUCGGGAGUAUUUUAAAGGGUAUUCGGCUGGUUUUGAACAUUUCAAAACGAGCCGAAUCCCUCUACGAAUGAUUCCCGAAUCCCUCACUAAUUUUCUCGCGUUCGGGAAGGGAGAACUGAAUAUUCCUGAAUCCUCCCGAAUUGAUUUGGGGAGCUCCCCAAAUCAGAGACGAGUAGGUUCCGAAUCAGGUCAUAUUCGGGCAGAAUCAGACCGAAUUUAUUCGGGAGAAUUCAGUUUUGGGGUAACCCUGGCUUAACAAAGCAUUAUGCGCCAUUUUGAUAAUCCAUUGAAACUCUAUUAAUGACCCUAUCCUCCCCUAUCCAUUACUUUUGUAAAGCCCCAUCACACUUUAAAAUUGGGUUCGGAGGUUCUAAACGUGGACUCCACUCCUAAUUUGCUAACUCGGAGGUGUAUGGUUUUUUUUCUUAAUAGUGAUUUUAAAACAUAUCUGAAGAUGCAUUAAAAGCAUACAAAAAUUAAUAAAUGACAAAGCGCAAUUUUCCAAAGUGUGCAUCGCAUUUUCAUUUUAACCUUGAUUUAAGAUGGGGGUCAUAAACCAUGUAAACAGUGUCCAUGUAAAUGUACUUUAUAAAGAGAUUUCUACAGUGUAAAGAAAAAAAAAUAGUUGGCCUUAAUUUUUGUUACGCUGUUAUUUAACAAAACGGCUAGUCGUUGUUUUGUGCCUACAAUUGAGUUUGUCACAGAUUCAAACUACAUGUUGUUAGUAGCGCACUUAUGGUAAGUAAAAACUGACAGCCUUGGGUAUAACGUGAAAUUCACUUUAAUAUUCAUACAAAUUAUUCGUCCCCUCUCCUGUAUACCCAUGGCAACAUUUAGAGCAUAGUCCUAAAACUAAGAGCAGUAACGUAAAAUAAUGUAGAAUACUCUACAACAACUCCUUGAGGAAUAUCCUAAAGUGUGAAAGCACGCCACCUACGGUCGAUGACCGAUGCCAAAUUACAAGGGCUGUAAUUUACCUCCGAGAUAUGUCAUGCACAUUGUUUUUUCUACCAAACGAUUUUAGUAUGUACAUUGAAUCUAUGCAUGGGCAUUUAUAUUCUUUGAUUUGUUUUGAUUAACGUAAUUAUUGAAACAGCCGUUUGAUCGGCACAUUAAUGCGCUUUAUUUCAUCCCUGUUUAAUAUCAGUUGUUUCGAUAACUACGUUGCCCACGUAUGUUCGCAGCUAUGCACACAAAUUGGAUUGUAAUUAGCAUGUAAUCUACGUCAAAAGAAAUAAUUGUAUAUGACACAGGGGAGAAAGUAAACAAAUGUGAAGUUUCUGCAAAUCA